UUUUUUUGGCCGGAUCUCUCAUUAUCCAAAAGGCAAAACCUUACUCUCACAAAACAAGUUCCCAUUUUUAAAGUUUCAAAAUUUUUUUUCUCAGUUCACUCACUUCUCUUUGUUUUUUCAGUGAUGAACGACCUGUCCAAUGCAUCCCUAACAGAGCACCAAACUAGUUUCAGUUGCAAACCUAUACCAAGUUUAGCCUUUUACACUCUUUUACCCCUUUUCUUCAUUGGUCUCUUUGUCUCCAUUUUCAUCCUUGUUGUGGUCCAUAAUGCUGCUUUCUUCCUCUCUUUCCUUUUACUAUAUGCUUUAGUUGCUUCUUUUUUAGCUUGGAAUGCUAUUAAUUGGAGACACCAUAACAGAUCUGCUUUCAUGUUCUUUCUUAACUCUUUCCCCGAUUCUGAUCUUCGACUUGCACGUGAAGGACAGCUUGUGAAGGUCACUGGGGUAGCAUCAUGUGGAAAUCUAUCUUUAGAAACUUCAUAUGAAAGGGUUGGCAGAUGCAUAUAUGCAUCUACUCUUCUCUAUGAAUAUGGACAAUUUGGUCUCAAACCUGUUAAUGUUAGAAGAUCUUGCUUUCAAUGGAACCUAGCUUAUUGUGAGAGGUUUUCUACAGAUUUCUAUAUAACCGAUCGCAUAUCCGGUAUCAGAGCCAUGGUAAAAGCCGGUUCGGGUUGUAAAGUUAUCCCCUUGAUCACCGACAGCAAACUCGUCACUACUACGAAACAAUGUAGAGUCCUAUCUCCUCACCUCACCAAUUGGUUACGAGAAAGAAACCUUUCCGCAGAUGCCCGUCUACUACGUCUGGAAGAAGGGUACAUACAGGAAGGCAACACCGUAACCGUAACCGGAAUGUUACAUAAAAAUGAUGAAGUUGUAACAAUCGUUCAACCACCCGAGCUCUUCUCUACAGGAUGCUUAUGGCAAAAGUUACUUCUCCCUAUCGAUGUUGAUGGUCUGAUAUUGGCCCCGGGGUGUUCUUAAUACAUAAUAACCCUACCAUUGACCUCAAUGAACUCCGUUUGACACCCAAAACAGUAAUGUCUGACAUAUUAACAGAAAUAUAUCUAAGUGAAGAAGAUUUUGGAUGGUUACUGAUAAAAACGCAAAUUUUAUUCAAGGAAUGUUACCUUUUUUAUAGUAAA